GCUGUUCGCUGAGUCGGCUUGUGCUUGCGUUGUGGUUAAAAUCAACUGCUUUAAGUUUAACUAAAGCGGCCUUUUUUUCUUUAAAAAAAACUCUGGGUUAUUUUUUGCCUUCAGAGGAUUCAUAAUUAUAAUGGCAGCAAAAACUUAUGACUACCUUUUUAAACUUUUAUUAAUUGGUGAUUCAGGAGUAGGAAAAACAUGUGUUUUGUUUCGUUUUAGUGAUGACGCGUUUAACGACACUUUUAUCUCCACCAUUGGCAUCGACUUCAAAAUUAAAACUAUUGAAAUCGAUGGAAAGACCAUUAAACUCCAAAUAUGGGAUACGGCAGGCCAAGAGCGUUUUCGAACCAUAACGAUGGCUUACUAUCGAGGUGCAAUGGGCAUUAUGUUAGUGUACGACAUUACCAAUCGGAAGUCUUUUGAAAAUAUUCAACAAUGGAUGAAAAAUAUUGAACAGAACGCCAGCAAUGACGUUGAGAAGAUUAUUCUUGGCAAUAAGUGCGAUAUGGACUCUAACCGUGAAGUUUCUAAAGAGGAAGGAAAAGAUCUUGCUAGAAAAUAUGGCCUUCAGUUUUACGAGACGAGUGCUAAGGAAAUGAUUAAUAUAAAAGAGGCCUUUUUAGAAAUGUCUGGACGCAUCAAAAGUAAGCUGGAGUCUCGCGUAGAGCCAUCCUCAACGAAAUCUAAGGCACGAGGGAUCGUGAAAGUCUCGGGUAAACACGAGAAAAAAGGAUCAUCUUUUUGCAAGUUUUUCUGAGAGAAGUGUUAAAGUUUUUAUUUAAAAUUUGUUCGCUUCCCUGCAGGAGCUUUCAUGUGUUAG